CGUGUGGUGUGGUGGCAGCAGGAGCGGCCUCGAGAUGCAGAACAAAGCCGGGGAGUUCGUGGACCUGUACCUGCCACGGAAAUGCUCCGCUAGCAACCGCAUCAUCGGUGCCAAGGACCACACAUCCAUCCAGAUGAACGUGGCCGAGGUUGACAAGGUCACAGGCAGGUUUAACGGCCAGUUUAAAACUUAUGCCCUCUGCGAGGCCAUUCGUAGGAUGGGUGAGUCAGAUGAUUCCAUUCUCCGAUUGUCCAAGGCCGACGGCAUCGUCUCAAAGAACUUUUGACUGGAGAGAAUCCGAAUGUGGAAUAUUUGUCAUAAAUAGUGAAAACCUAA